AUGUUGAUAUACCAAAUCUUCGAAAGAUGGGUUACACUUCUGCAACCUGUUAGCGAUACGCUUGCACGAGUGCUGUACAAUAUGAAGUUUUAUGAAGAUUCUGAGGUUGAAGAGGUGAAGCAAAAGGGGCUGCAGAUGUCGAGGUUUACGCCUUUCUCAGUUUGCAUCAUUGGAGGUGUGCCACAACAACGAGAUGGUACGUCUUGCGGAAUCAUGACCGUUCAAUCAUCGAGCAUCUCAGUGCUGGGCUUGCGGUGCAUAAAAUUGACCCGUCGAAGAUCAAAUAUACCGACUGAAGCUUGCAAUAGAGGGGUUAAGGGGGGAGGCAUAUUUAUGAGGAGCUGGUGUUGCUUGCUCAUUCAUUAUGAGUACAGAACCAACCUCUAUUCAGCUUGCAUUGGCAUAAGAAAACAUAGGGGUAUUUGCUUUGAAGUCUGUGAUGUGGUUCUUCAUGCUGAUGCCAUCCACAGAGGAGGUGGUCAGGUCAUUCCCACUGCUAGGACACUCAUCUAUGCUUCCCAGCUCACUGCCAAGCCAAGCCUCCUUGAACCUGUAUAUCUUGUUGAAAUCGAAGCUCCAGAGCAGACUAUGAUGAUGUCUGAUCCAUUGGAAGCUGGAUCCCAGGCUUCAGAACUUGUGACAGAUAUCCGUAAGAGGAAGGGUUUGAAGGAGCAAAUGACCCCACUAUCCGAGUUUGAGGAGAAACUUUGA